AAAAUUAAAUUAAAUGCUUAUAUAAGGGCUUGAACCUAAGAUUUUUAGUCCAAACUAAAUGCAUUACCACUAUGACAAAACUAAUUUGAUGUUAUUUAUUGCAUAAAAGUUGUAUUUAACCUAUAAAUUUAUAUAUUUACUUAAAUAAAAAAAUAAAAAAUAAAAAAUUUGGGGAGCCCCUCCCAGGCCCCUUAAUAGAUCCGCCUAUCUGAAACCAUAUAAUAUAAACUUUUUAUUAUAAUACUACGUAAUAAUAAUGUUUGCUUAGCUAGAAGUGCCAGUUAGCCACAUUCCUCCACCUCUCCUCAUCACUUCAAUUCCCUUUCUCUCCCCUCUUUCUCUCUGGAAAUUCACCUCCUUAAACACACUCUUCGAGGACAAUCCUACUCAACCCAAUUUUGCUUUGCUUACCUAAUUUUAAUUGUAAAUUUUACCCUUUUCAACUUUCCCGCUCCUUCACAUUUUUCUUAAUAAUGCACUUGAUGUUGAAUGUGGUGAUUUAUGAGCUUCAGCAUUGAGAGAUGAAUCAUACAAUUCUAAUGAAGCAUGAUCGAUAUCAGAAGAAGCAAGGAAUGUUGAGGAGUAAGUCAUUGGAACCUCACAAACCAACCUUAAUUCGACGAAUUUCGAGUAGAGAGCGAAAAUUGGCUUUACUUCAAGAUGUUGAUAGGUUGAAGAAGAAACUGAGGCAUGAAGAGAAUGUACAUAGAGCUCUUGAACGGGCAUUUACUAGGCCUCUAGGGACCCUUCCUCGUCUUCCGGCCUACCUUCCUCCUUAUACCCUUGAGCUUUUGGCUGAAGUUGCUGUUUUAGAGGAAGAGGUUGUAAGGCUAGAAGAACAAAUUGUACGUUUUAGGAAAGGUCUGUAUCAAGAAGCAGUAAAUACUUCAUCCUCCAAGAAGAAUGAAGAAAGCACAAAUGAUUCAAAUGAGUCAUGUCCUAAUGAUUCGACAGAUGAUCCGAGGAAUGUAGCCCAAGAUGAAACUAACUUUAUAAGUUCUUCUAAGUCUGAAAUUGUUUUAGAUGAUGGAGGAGAUAAAGAAAAUCAAUCAUGCAGUAGCUCGACAAAAAACAAGCUGAAAUCACCAAACCGGAAGUCACCUAUAGUGAAAACUCCCACUAAGAGACUUUCCUUUGAGAAGAAAACACCGGAAAAGUGUUCAGAUGCUCAGAAAUCUCAGGUCCAUUGCAGAAAUGACCGCCAAGAUGAUGCAGAACCUAGCCCCCCUGUUCUUCAAGAUGAGCGGAAAUUGAGACAUGAAAGUCCAAAUGCAAUAUCUGAGAAUAUCCUCAAGUGCUUAUUGAGCAUUUUCUCAAGAAUGAACACAUCGAAGAAUAGGUUGAGCAUGGAAAAGUUUCCUCCCUCUGCUGCAUUCUCCUCUCCAGACAAAGACGGUUACAUUGAACUCCAGGAUCCAUAUGAUACAUGGCCUAGAUUUGGUAGAAGAGAUAUUGGUCCGUACAAAAAUCUGUACUCAGUUGAUGCUCGUUCACUUAGUGCAAAUAGAACAACAAAUUCUUUAUUCUUACAUCGUCGACUAAGAAUACUCAUCGCGAAACUUGCCACUGUCAAACUGCAAAGGCUCACGCACCAAGAAAAGCUUGCUUUCUGGAUAAAUGUCUACAAUUCAUGCAUGAUGAAUGCAUAUCUUGAACAUGGAAUACCAGAAAAACCAGAGACAAUAGUUGCACUGAUGCAAAAGGCAACAAUAAAUGUGGGGGGACACCAGCUAAAUGCUAUAACUAUUGAACAUUUUGUUCUGCGUUUACCUUACCACUCUAAAUUUACUUUCACGAAAGGAUCCAAAAACGAUGAGAUGUUGAUGGUUGCACGAAGCACCUUUGGGUUGGAGUUAUCUGAACCAUUGGUUACAUUCGCGCUGUCUUGUGGAAGCUGGUCCUCUCCCGCUGUCAGAAUUUACACUGCUGCUCAUGUUGAAACUGAGCUAGAAGUUGCGAAAAGGGAAUACUUACAGGCAGCUGUUGGUAUUUCGAAAAAUAAUGAUUUGAUUAUCCCAAAACUUCUACAAUGGUAUCUACUUGACUUUGCAAAAGACUUGGAUUCAUUGCUGGACUGGAUUUGCCUUCAACUCCCUAUGGUGCUCAGAAAAGACGCUAUGAAGUGUCUUGAAAGAGCUAAAAGCGAACCUCUUUCUCAAAUUGUCCAAAUUAGGCCCUAUGAAUUCAGUUUCAGGUAUCUGCUGCACAGAUGAAAUAUACUCACAACUUUUUCCCCUAUCUUUAGUGUUCUUCAUAGGUUUUGGUCUGAUUACGAGUGUAGUUUUUAGUGUGUAUACAGCCAGAAUGCAUAUAAAAUAACUGUAAAAUCGCUCUUCUUCCCCCUCAUAUAUCUGUAAGAUUCAGGGUGUAUUCUGUUCUUCAUUUUAUUUUUGUCACAUAGAAGGCAUAGUAUUAAGAAUUUGGUUUGUUUCUGAGUUGCCCUCUCAAUAAAGUUGAUUUAUUCUGGGUAGUGCACUGAAAUUUCUCUGCUAGAAAACUUGUGAAAAAAAACUUCAGACGAUUUUUAAGUUAGAUAGGUUAAAAUUUCCUUUGUCGAGAAGAGUCUCCUAUGAUUUAGUUUUCUCAUUCCUUCACUAAAAUAAGAAGAUUAUCAUAACAGUAUGUUUCAAAUCUUAAAUCAAUUCAAUUGAAAAUUCUAUGGUAAUCAGCCUUAAAUGACCAUUUCUAUGGCCAACUACUAAAGGGUAAAGCUUUGGAUGGAGAUACCCAAGACUCGAGAUUGAAUUUAAUUCUCGAGGAGAGAAAAAAAAAAAAA